AUGUCCUCUGUCACUGCGUCCUCACAACACACGUACGAGGUGUCGCUGUCAGGAAGCUUCCAGCCGAAAGACUUGCAGGCUAUUCUCCAUCGCGUCGCCUUGCACUCCGAAUCCUCUGAGCCCAUCUUGCUACGGGCUCGACGCGAGAUGCUUGAGCCCGACUCGCCGUGGGUGUUGUACUCAUAUCUAACUCCCGAAUCCGUUCGCGUGCAUCCCGAGGCCACCGUACGUCCGUGGGCAGUCGUGGACGUCAUAGGAGAUGCACUGGGAUUUGCAUCAGUGCUAGGAUACAGACGCACGUCUCAACUGUACAAGAAAGGCUACGUCUUUCGACGCGGGAGCCUGCUCAUACAGAUCUUCCAGCACGAGAUGGCGGACUUGAAGACGCAAAAACCUAUACCUGCCCAUUCAGAGGCGACGUGGGAGGUGGAGGUACGAACAGCCGCUCCGAUCCGCAAUACUCCCGACGCACCUCUAUCUCGCACCAUCGAUACUGUGCUGGAGGUGCAACUGCUCAUGAAAGGUCUAUUGGAUCUCCGUCGUGAAGAUGCUUAG